AUGCCAGAACCAAACACUCCUGAAUAUGAAGAACUUGAGAAAAAACCUGACACUGUGUAUCUCGGGCAAAGAGAGACUCGCGAAUGGACUGCAGAUAGUGUACCAUUAGAAGCGUUUGGGAAAUUCGGGAAAAAGUUGGAGGAAAUAGAAGAUAAGAUUGUAGGGAGGAACAAAGAUGAGAAACUGAAGAAACGAGUUGGUCCAGUGAAGUUGCCAUAUACAUUGCUGUAUCCUUCAAGCGAUGCAGGACUCACGAGUGUGUGGGUUUGGUUGUCAGGGAUGAGAAGUAUAUAUGAUGUUGAAGAUGAAGAUGAAGGCACAUCUCAGCAAGUUAUGGUUGCAAAUCAAUGUAUUGAAGAAGGUUCAAUAAUACAUUCAAUUGAUACAAACCACAACAUCUUUGAAAAUCCAAAUAAUGAGCAGGAAGAAAACAUUGAUAAAGAAUUAGAUGGCAGUUUAAUUGGAGAAGCAAGGAAAACAACCGAUGAGAUUUAUGAUCUAUAUUGCAAACAUGCUGCUAUUAUUGGUUUUAGUGUACGAAAAGGGAAGAAUAGAUAUAAAGAAGGAACCACAAUUGUUAAUGGAAAAUACUUCUACUGCUCUGCUGCUGGAAUAAAAGACCCUCCUAAAAACAAAGAACUCAAAAAUGAAGAUGAUCAAUCAGAUGCAAAAAAGAAAGAAAGGAGAAAGAGGGUUAUGAUAACAAGAACAAAAUGUGAAGCUCAAAUAUUUGCAAAGAAGAAUGAAAAUGGAGAUUUUGAAAUAGAAAAGCAUGUAGUGGUACAUAAUCACCCAUUGACAAGAGAAAUAAGUAAUUAUCUCCACCGAUCGGAACGACAAAUGACAGAACCUAAAAAAGAAGCUAUUGAGGCAAUGUCAGAAUGUGGUCUAAGACCAAUGGAGUCUUAUAGGUAUAUGUCAACAGAAACUGGCGGAGACGACUGUGUAGGUCAUACGAUGAUUGAUCAUCUAAACUACUGCUACAAGUUAAAAAUGAAGCAAAUUGAUGGCAAGGAUUCACAAACACUAGUGAACAAACUGUAUGACAUACAAUCAAUAGAUCCCGAGUUCUUUUUCAGAGUAAGACUCAAUGCUGAAGGAAAAGUUGAGUGCCUAUUUUGGAGGGAUUCUAUGAUGAGAGAAGAUUACAAAAUAUAUGGAGAUGUUCUAGUUUUUGAUACUACAUUCAGAACCAAUAAGUACAAUCUCAUAUGUGCUCCAUUUGUUGGUAUCAAUAACCAUUGGAAAAACACAAUGUUUGCUUGUGCUUUCAUUGGGGAUGAAACCACAGAAUCUUUCGUUUGGGUGUUUGAAACUUUUCUGAAGGCUAUGGGAGGAAAGCACCCUAUAUCAAUUUUCACUGAUCAAGAUGCAGCUAUUGCUGCUGGAAUAGAACAGGUUUUUCCUUCUUCAAGACACAGGUUAUGCUUGUGGCACUUGAGUAAAAAUGCAAACAGUAGGUUUGGUUUAUUGAAGUCUGAUAAAAACUUCAAAAACGCAUUCUACAAGUGUUUAAGUGGGUGUAUAACACCAAAUGAUUUUGAAGAAACUUGGAAAUCUAUGAUCAACACUUUUAAGCUGGAAAAAGAUGACUGGUUCAACAGAUUGUAUGGUCUAAAAGAAAAAUGGUGUACAGCUUUAAGUAAAGAUUUUUUUUCUGCCGGUAUACUUUCUUCACAAAGAAGUGAAAGUACAAACCAUGCUAGCUAA